AUGUAUUUUGAAACAAUAUGUAGAACUUGUUCAUCUGAGGGAGAAUUACAAUCUUUAUUCAGUGAAGAACCUUUAAAAAUAGUUGAUAUGUUAAUUGAAAUUGUUGAUAUUAAGGUGUUUGAAAAUGAUAAUUAUCCACAGAAUAUUUGUACAAAUUGUUUGGAGAAAUUAAAUUCCGCUUACAAUUUUAAAAAACAAUGCCUUGAAGUCAAUCAAAAGUUUACGGAUAUUUUAAAUAAUGUUAAAAAUGAAAUUAAUAUUAAAGAGGAAAAUUACUACUCUGAAGAUGACAACGACGAUAAUUAUCAAUUUUCGGAUAAUUACGAUUAUCCGAACAACGAUGAUGACGAACAACCGCAAGAAGAACAAGAAGAAAAAAUUGAUGUGAAAUGGGGUAAAAAACGUAAACAAACGUGUAAAAUAUGCUACAAAACUGUUUUAAAACUAAGCGAUCAUAUGCGUUCACAUACCAAAGAAAAACCAUUCAAAUGUGAAAUAUGCCCACAAGAAUUUUCAUUAAAAUCAAAUUAUUAUCGACAUAGAAAAGUUCAUACGGGUGAAAAACCACACGUUUGUAACAUUUGUGACCGUAGUUUUACAAGAAAAACCGCUUUAAAAGAACAUAUACGGAAUCACGAACCAAACGCGAAUGAAGUGAAAAAGGAAAAAAAAUAUUUAUGUAAUUAUUGUGGAAGAGCGUUCGUUCACUGGACAGCGAUGUUUAAUCACGUGAAAAUACAUACGGGAGAACGACCAUAUAAAUGUAAUAUAUGUGGGAAAUCAUUUUCUCAAUCGAGUACACUUAGUCAACAUAAAUUAAUUCACACUGGUGAAAAACCACAUAAGUGUAAUGUUUGUGAGAAAUCAUUCACUGGGAAAGGGAAUUUAACACGACAUAUGCGAACUCACACCGGGGAAACCCCUUACGUGUGUGUACUUUGUAGUAAAGCAUUUCAUAAUUCGAGUGAUAUGAAAAAACAUUUAAUAAGGCAUGAAAGGAAUAAGAAUUUCCGUUCGAAACCUCCCGCUGAAAAAGUGUACAAAUGUGCGUUAUGCGAUAAAGCGUUUGCUUUUAAAACAAGUUUAACGUCGCAUAUGUUUAUGCAUUCGGGUGAAACACCUUAUGUGUGUUUGGUUUGUAAUAAAGGUUUCUUUGAUUCGAGUAACUUUUCUAAGCAUAAGAAAAAACAUCAAGCAACAGAAAAUGAGAUAAAACUAGAAAAACCAUUGGAAAAAAUUGAAAAAUAAUUAUUCGAUAAAAAAUUUGAUGAAAUUCAGAAAAAGGCCUGUGCCUUUGUCUGAUUUUGUAAAUUAUUUUUCAAUUUUAGUACAUGAUUAAGCCUUGUAGGAGGCUUAAUCAGUCUCAAAAAGGUGGGGUAAUUAACAUACCUCAUGCUAUGGACGUUAUAUUUAUCUGUUUAUAAGUCCCCGAAUGGAUAAUCGAUAUAUUUGAGUCGAUCGCACACUAUCAGAAGUGCAUUUAAGAAAUUCUUACAAGUUGUUUAAUCGACGGCAACUUUGUUUGUCUGAUCAUUUGUGGGAUACUAUGUUUUUAUAACGGACUAAAAAGUAUAAAAUAAUUGUUACUUUUGAAAGCUAUUAAAAUACUUGCAUGAUGAGCAGGCUCAGGUGAAAGGUACAUUUAAGAUGACCCUUUCAUGCCAAUGAGCUCUCUGCUUCAUUCUUUUGAACGCCAGAGAGGCACGGUUUCCAGACCAGUCUGUGUUUUUCAGUGCCAGGCAAAUCAAUUUCUCGAAGAAAAAUCGCAUCUUAAAAAAUGCAAUUCUUGGAAAACGAACAUCAAGUUAUUUCUUUCGAGUUUCGAUUCUGCAUCAUAAAAAUUAAAACAAAUUUUCCAGGCCCUAUGAAAGAGAAAAGCUAUACAAAUUUUCAUAGAAGAAAAAGUUGUUAUUCACAACCUAAACAACAUCUUCUAAAAUUUCCAGUUAUUAUGAAAUGACUGCCAAAUACUGUACCUGGUCCUUGACUUAUCAAGAAAUUUUAAUAGUUUACGAUCGACCUCAA